CACGUCUGAUUAACUCGUAGUUGUUUUCUUUAGAAAGGCGAGACGAGGAAAUUAUUUCGUCGCUCCCUUUCUCUCUCUCUCUUUCUCUCUCACGCGCUCUCUCCGAUAAAUUUUCAAUCGGAAAAAGGGAGCAUCGUUAUCAGACACACGCGGGGAAUCGUCAAAGUGGAAAUUACACCUUUUUGCGUCAUACUCUGCCUGCGAGAAGCUUGGAGUCGUAUCGGAGAGAAAAAGUUUUUUUUUUCUUUUUCUUCUCCGUCCGAUUGUUGCGGGGCCUCGAAAAGAGAAAAAAAGCAACGGAAACAUCGCGUGUUUCUUAUCGAGCUUGGCUCUUAUCUUCGUGUUUUGACUUUGAUGUUCGAGAGCGUAACGGGAAAAAAAGAAAUAGCUCGGGGACGCCUGUAAGCGAGAGGCUUAUCGUCGGUCGGCCAUAUGCCACGUCAGGUCAGAAUGACGUCGCAGUGGUAAGAUCGCGACAUUUGACGAAAUUUAAUAGCCGCAGAAAGGAGCGGACCACAGUGAAAUAUCUAUCAUCCAUUUUUCGCCGAAUCGAGAAGUGCAAACAAUAACCACGGACAAAAUAGAGAGUACAAACGGAAGCUUUAAUUAAACAAGGCGUAGCCUGAAUUGUGUACAGGCGAGAAGAGUUGUUUGGGAGGAGUAUAGAGAGAAAAAAAAAGAAAGAGGACAGAGGAAUGUAACUGUAAGGCAACAAUAGGGAGAAAGAGAGAGGAAAAAACAAAGAGACAGAGAGAAACGUUUUUUUUAGUAAAAACUUCUGGUAUAUUCGGUUGUUGGGUGUGCGCACGCGCACGCCCGAGAGAAAGAGAAACGGAGAGACAUACGAGAGACACGUUUCUUUGUAGGUUAAUUAGUGUCCUGGUAAUUGAGUAAUUUUUUUUUUUUUUUUUUUUGAAAAUUCUUUCAAAUGCUAGAAUUCAGGCACGCGAUUAUUUUGCAAGCAAAGAGCCAUCGAGUGUGGUCGCGUCAAUCGAUCGAAUGAUCAUCGUCGGGCCACAGUGCUAUAUCAUACGGUACAAAACACGAUCGAUCGGGACAAAACAAUGGCAUUAGAGAGUGUUUCCGCGGCCGAGACUCUAAUCCAAAGCAAUGAUGAUAAUGACUUGGAAGAUGGGGAAAUUCCAUCCGAUGAAGAUGAUGAGCCUCUACCACCACCAAUAAAUAAUGAUGUCAAUAAAAACGCAUCAAAAGCAGAUGUACAGAAAAAUAAAACUUUUGAUUCUAAAUUUAAUAAAAAUAAAAAAUCAAGUGUUCAAGGAAGUAGCAAGCAUGAUAGAUUUUUAAAAUACAAAAAUCCAUCAGAAGAUUGGGCAGGAGAUGUAGAAAAAGCAAUUAGGGCAGCAUUGGAAGAAGACGGUUCUAGAAAUCAAGAUUCCAAAUCUAAAAGUAAAAAUAAUAGAAAUAAGAGUAGAAAAAGAAUAAGAGAUGAAAGGGAGGAGGACCGUAAUAAAGAUCAAAAGAGAAGAAAAGUGAGCGAUGAUGAAAAUGUUAAUGAAGAUGAGGAUGAAAUGUUAUUUGUUAGAGGUGCUUCACCUAUUAGAAAAGAUUCACAAGAGAAUAAUUCUCCAAGACAUUCAAACGAACAUGAAAAUUUUGAUAGUAACUCAGAUUAUGAUGAAAGGCCUAAUGUAAAUCGACAUAGAGAUAAUGAUAAUAAGCGCAGUAAUUCGAGAGGAGGUGGUGGUGGGGGAGGACGUAGAGGCGGUAAAAAUGAACGCGGCGGUAAAAAUAAAACCCGUGGGCAAAUGCGAAACGAUAGAAACGGGCGGAGAAAUCAAAAUAACGAUCAUAAUCAAGAUCCAGAUGCUAUAUGCGUUUAUUACAUGCAAGGAAAGUGUCACAGAGGAGACGAUUGUCCCUUUUCACACAAUGCUUUGCCACCACGAAAAAUGGAACUAUGCAAGUUUUAUCUUAUGGAUUGUUGUGCAAAGAGAGAUAAAUGUCUUUAUAUGCAUCAUGACUUUCCAUGUAAAUUUUUCCAUACAGGAUUAAAAUGUAAUCAAGGAGAAAAUUGUAAAUUUUCUCAUCAGCCUUUAAACGAACAGGUGAAAGGAAUUUUAUUAAAACAUUUAGAAACAGCACCAAAAGAAAUUCUUGGAGAUUUUCCACGUUUAAGUAGAGAAGGAGCAAUGUUAAUGAUAAAUAAUACAGCAAGAACAUUGGCACAAGGUCAAGAAAUUACGAAUCAAAAAAUUCCGAGUCUUUUUGAACUCAAUAUUUCAGCACCAACUAGUACCACAGAGAAGAGUAACGAAAGAGAAGAAAAAGAAGAACAAACGCAACAGCAGAAAACUGUUAGAGAAAGGAAAUCAUCAGGAAAGAAAACUCGUUGGGGUUCUGAUGAAGAUAGGGUUCCAUACGAACAAAUCAUGCUGCUGCAAUCAUCAGCCAACGAGCUUGGUUUGCAACUUCCUAAUGCCGCGUUGGGUUUAGCGACUCAACAACAUCUGCAGAAACCUUUAGUACCCCAAUCUAUGCCAAAUAUGGACUUUUAUACUGAAGCUAAUAACAUCGAAUCAAACAAAACAAAUUUAAUUAAAACAAGGGACAGAGAAGAUUUUACAAAAGAUGUAGAAGAGGAUGAGAUACUGGAACAGGCAAAAAAGAAAGACACAUCAUUACUUGAAAAUUCGAAAGACAUAGACUUAAGACAGUUAUUAAAAGCAAAAAAGCCUCCACCUGUUGUUAGUAUAGCUGAUGAAGUAGCAAAUCUUACUAAAUCUAAGUUCGACGAGGAAAGUGAUCAAGAUGAAGAAACAGAUCUUGUUAUAGAAAUGCCAAUAGAAGAUGAUGAUAAGCAGAAAGAUAAAGGUACAGAACAAGAAGAAACAAAUAUUACAAACGAAGGAGCUAAUAAUCACUGUGAUACUUCUUCACCAUGUGCGGAAGAACAAGUACCAACUCAUCUACCAAAGAAGGCACAGGAAUUGUUUAUGCGUAUUCAGCAACAGCAACGGGCGGCUCAAGAUAGUUUUAAAAAUAUAGAAAACGAAUGCUCUGCACGAAAUACAGAUCAAAUUUUAGAAGACUGGUAUUCAGAUGAUGAAGAUGACGAUGACGAUGAUGAAAGUGGAAAUCUUACAAUAGUUCUUUCUAAUAAAGAUAUGUCGAAAGAAGAAAGUGAAUCUGCAGAAAAAACACAAAAUAUUGUGAUUAAAGAAGAAUUUCAAACUGCACUUUCUGCUCCUACUAUACCUCAGCCAGCAGCUAUUGUAGACAAACUUGGAGAUUUGAGUAAAAUUGACAUUAGUGCCGAAGUAUCAAAACUAUUAUCGUCAAUAAAGGCAACAACGGGUAAAUCUUCCCAACAAAAUAUAUCGGAUUAUUCCUCACAAGCUGAAGCCUCACCGGACAGAAUAUCAUUGGACGAAUCAAAUGUCCAAAGUAAAAGUGUUAGCAGAUUCAAUACUUCGAAUCAGUUAUCAAAAAUUGAAAACGAAACAUCGAGUCCACAUUCCUCCCCUGGAACAAGUUCUGUACCUAUUUCCAGAGAUCCUCGUAUGUCUCGAGAUCCGAGACAACGUAGAGACGAACAAAAAUCAAGCAGUCCUAAUAGAGUAGAUAACAAGAAGGAAUCUAAGCAUCUUAGAUUAGAAACAAGUAUUUAUAGUUCCGGUAUUACUGCUGUUGAUACUAAUAUGGAUACUGAUCUUCGAACUAAGACCGAUCAAGAUCUUCGAAGGAAAGAUAUGGAUUUCAGGCAACAAUUUCAAACCGGUUUCGGAGAUACUGAUCUUCGAGUUGUUGGUGCAGGAUUCACCGAUACAUCCACUAAGUCUGAUGUAGAUUUGCGACAAAUGUUGAGCUUACCAUUUAAACCCGCACCGUCGCACAUACCUUGUACAGAAAUCGAUGCAAGUAUAUCUUCGCAUCCUCCAAUGACGUACAAAGUAUACGUCGUUGACAUACCAAGGCCCGACUAUACGGGUCUCAAGCUCACUAAGAAUGAUGCACAGGUAAAAUAUGAUCCACGAUUACGUAAAAUUUUUAGAAUUGGCAAAAUUGAAUUGGCUGAUUCUCCUAUGUCUCCGCCGCCAAUUAAAAUGGAUACUCCUAAAUCACCUCCACAAGUUCGAUCCGAUCCACGUCGAAAAGCUCUCGAGGCUUCCAAUUUAUCUUCUCAAAAUGUGAAUACUUCCAUGAUGAAGAACGUUCAACAGUCACCAAUGGAAAUGUCGAGCAUGGGAAUGGGUCCUGGUAGUAUGGCCGUUCCUCAAGGUAUGCCUGGACCACAAGGAAUGCAAGGAGGACAAAGCAUGAUGCCAAUAGGUCCAAAUCCGAUGCUUGGAAAUAUGGGUCCUAUAGGACCUAUAAUGAACGCACCGAUGGGUCCUCAAAACAUACCACCAAUGGGUAUGACAGGAAUGUCCAAUUUGCCUCCAGGAAUGACUAUGAAUGGACCAGUUGUGCCUCAGAAUCAGAUGAACUUUGAUCCACGUUUUAAUGUUCAACGUAACAAUGGAGCUGGUUUGUUAGGCCCAGCGCCUGGUGUAGGUUUUGGCCCAGAUGUUAAUACCUCAUAUGAUGGUGCGCAAACAUACCCCAGUGGUAAUUUUAAUAACUUUGGUCCCGGUCCUACUCCAGUGCCUCCAGACUCUAGUAUGAUGGGAUUCAAUCCAAAUGGUCCGAAUCCAAAUUUUGGUAUGGAGGGACCUGAGUGGAAUGGAGCGAACCAAAAUAGACGUGGUGGACGAAUCAGGCGACGAAAUCGAAAUAGGACCAAUAUCGUGACUAAUAAUUAAGGCAAUAAGCAAUUUCAAAUAGGUACAUAAGCAAAGUACCUGGUGAUAAUUCUCAUUGUAAUUUAAAUUUGUACAGCAUGCAUUACUGAUAAUGCAUUCAUUUAUGGUGGUCCACAUUAAUGAUUUUUUGAUUGUGUCAAUUGUACAUGGUGUCAAAUGCUCGCUAGUGGUUAAAUAGCAAAAUAUAAAUUUAUAUAUCGAAGAAAGAUAUUAAAAAUUGUACAUGAAUUACAUACUUUGAAGCAUUUCUUUACAUAAAAUAUAAAUAAACACCAAUGAAUGGUGUAAGUAAUGCUCAUAAUUACGUGACAUUCUAUAUUUUAUUUAAAAAAAAAUAUAAAUAAUAUUAUACAUGAGAAAUAUAUAAAAUACAUCUAUUAUAAAUAAUAGCAAAUGAAAUUUUCAAUGGAAUUAUGUAUCUGUAUAUAUUGAACAUCUUUAUCCAUUUAAAAAGACAUUUAAUAUAUAAGAUAUGAUGAAUGAAAAAUCGUUUAAUUGUAUUGUUUGAUUUGUAUCUUUUUUUUUAUUUUUUUUAUUUUUUAUUUUUUUUUUUUUUAUGUCUUCCAUAUGUAGUAUAUAAUAGAAAUACAUAUAUACAUAUGAAUAUAUGUAUGUAUGUAUGCAUGUGUGUAUAGGUAUGUACGUGUGUGUGUGAUUUAUAUAUAAAUAAUAAUUUUGGCUUCUAAAAUGCAUAUAAGUUCGAUUAAAUUGCGUUUAGACAGUAUCAAAAUAACAUAUUGAUUAAGCAUUAAAUGGCUCAAGGCCUAGUAUCAUAAAUCGAAACACCAAUAAAAUAACAUAGUACAUGAUACAGUACGAAAAUGCAAUAUUUUAUAAAAAAAAAAAACUAAUGUAUUUAUAAGAGUUUUCAAAACAAUUGUACAUGGACAUACUUUUUUACUUACAUUAGAAAAGGUAUAGAUGGAUAUCAAAAGAAAUUUUUAUUUAAAAUUUUGUAGGGAUUGCAGGUUAAAAAUGUAUUUAAAUAAAUGUGAACCUUAUCAUAAUCUAGGUUUUACACUAUUAGUAACAUUUUUACUCUAUAAUUACAUUUAUCCGUGAUGGCUACCAUAUGUUCCAUGUAUUAAUAUUAAAUACAUCUUUCUGCUAAAACGCAGAUUAAGAAAUACUUCCUUUUUGAGAAAUAAUAUUAGAAACAGAGUAUAUAUUUCAAUUUAAAGAAUUGUUCACUUAUUAUUCAAUGUUGACCUGUUCAUAUUUUUCUUUAUUAUUACUCCUAGAAAGUUAAAAAAUGAAAAUUACAUUUGUAAAAAAUAUAGUUUACUAUCACACAGUGAAACUUUUUUGUACAAUUUAAUUAUUAAUUCUAGUAUGUCUUUCUACUAUUAUCUGUAAUGUUGUAAACAAUGGUUGUAUUUAUCCAUUGCACUUUGUUCAAAACGCAAAUAUUUUAAAUAUGGAUAUAAAAAAUGAUAAAAUUUAUACAAUAUACAAUCCAUGUAAGAAAUUGUACUUUCGUUUGAUUAUAAUUCAUUGUUGCAAAUUCUUA